AUGGACGCCACGCGACUCUUCCUUGGCGCGCUCCUCCUCCUCCUCCCGGCCGCGCUCCUGCUCCUGCUCCGCGCGCGGGGCAGGCGCCGCCUCCCCCCGGGCCCGCCGUCGCUGCCUUUGCUCGGCAGCGUGGUCUGGCUCACCAACUCGCCCGCCCAGAUCGAACCCCUGCUGCGGCGCCUCUUCGAGCGGUACGGCCCCGUCGUGGCGCUCCGCAUCGGGGCGCGCUUCUCCGUCUUCGUCGCGGACCGCCGCAUCGCGCACGAGGCGCUCGUCGACCGCGGCGCGGCGCUGGCGGACCGCCCGGCGCUCGCGUCGGUCAGGUUCCUCGGCGAGAACGAGAACAGCAUCACCCGCGCCAGCUACGGGCCCGUGUGGCGCCUCCUGCGCCGCAACCUCGUUGCCGAGACGCUGCACCCGUCGCGGGUGAAGCUCUUCGCACCGGCGCGCGCGUGGGUGCGCCGCGUGCUCGUCGAGAAGCUCGCGGAGCCCGGGCCCGACGCCGCGCCGCCCCGCGUCGUGGAGACGUUCCAGUACGCCAUGUUCUGCCUCCUCGUGCUCAUGUGCUUCGGCGAGCGCCUCGACGAGCCCGCGGUGCGCGCGAUCGCUUCUGCGCAGCGGGAGGGACUCAUCUACCGCUCCAAGAACAUGCAGGUCUUCGCCUUCUUCCCGGCUGUCACCAAGCACCUCUUCCGCGCUCGGCUCGAUAAAGCACGGGAGCUGCGGCGGCGCGUCAAGGAGCUCUUUCUUCCGCUUAUCAACGCGCGUCGGGAGUACAAGAAGCGGGCAGGCGAGCCGAAAGGGGAAACCACGUUCGAGCACUCGUACGUGGACACGCUGCUCGACAUCAAGCUUCACGAGGACGGCGAUCGCCCGCUCACCGACGACGAGAUUUGCAUCCUAUGUUCCGAGUUCCUCGACGCCGGUACGGACACCACGUCCACAGGGCUGCAGUGGAUCAUGGCCGAGCUUGUAAAAAACCCAGCCAUCCAGGAGAAGCUCUACAACGAGGUCAAGGCCGCCAUCGACGACGACAUGGAAGGGGUCUCAGAGGAGGAUGUCCACAAGAUGCCAUACCUCAAGGCGGUGAUCCUCGAGGCCCUCCGGAAGCACCCGCCGGCCCACUUCGUGCUGCCGCACAAGGCGGCGGAGGACAUGGAAAUCGGCGGCUACCUGAUCCCCAUGGGCACAACGGUGAACUUCAUGGUGGCCGAGAUGAGCCGGGACGAGCAGGAAUGGAAGAACCCGAUGGAGUUCUCGCCAGAGCGGUUCCUUCCCGGCGGCGAUGGCGAGGGCGUAGACGUGACGGGCACCAAGGGGAUCAGGAUGAUGCCGUUCGGCGUGGGCCGGAGGAUCUGCGCGGGGCUUGGCAUCGCCAUGCUGCACCUGGAGUACUUCGUUGCCAAUAUGGUGCUGGAGUACGAGUGGAAAGAGGUGCCCGGCUACGAGGUGGACUUCGCCGAGAAGAACGAGUUCACUGUCGUCAUGAAGAAGCCGCUACGCCCGCGCCUUGCGCCUAGGAGGUCUCAUUUGAACUAG